CUGCUGUACCACUCUGUGCGACGCAGCCAAUGCAAUUGUCUAUACGCUGGGUUUCUAAAUUCAUUGCCGGGGGGUGAACUCCUGAGGAGCGGAUGAAGAAACAAAUUUUGCUUUUAUUCACAUUCAGAGGACUAGUAAGCAAAGGGAAAAAGAGUAAAAAGAGAAAAUGGCCAGUUUUAUAUUACGGAAAGCUGAACCCAACGAUGUGUCCGAUAUCCUGCGACUCAUAAAGGAACUUGCUAAAUUUGAAGAGAUGGAGGAGAAGGUCAUGCUGACAGAGAAAGAGCUACUUGAAGAUGGCUUUGGGGAUCAUGCAUUCUACCACUGCUUAGUUGCUGAAGUCCCAAAAGAGCAGAGCUCAGAAGGAUGCACUGUGAUUGCCUUUGCCAUGUACUACUUCACAUAUGACCCUUGGAUUGGAAAGCUUCUCUACCUGGAGGACUUCUAUGUCAUGCAGCAGUUUCGUGGUCUUGGCAUUGGUUCAAAAAUCCUGAAGGUUCUGAGUGAGACAGCAGUGAAGACUCGCUGUAGCGGAAUGCACUUCAUCGUAGCAGAAAACAACACAAAGUCUAUUGAGUUCUACAAGCGGAGGGGAGCAGCUGAUCUCUCCUCUGAGGAGGGCUGGCAUCUUUUUGAGAUUGAAAAGAAGGACCUGCUGAAAAUGACUGCCAAAUAGAGUUUACUGUGAAUUGACUUGUACUGACUGUUGGUGAUAACAAUAAUUCUGUUUUGUUUGAUCAGUGAUUUGACACAGUCUUAAUAAACACAUUCGAAAAUCAACUGUUACCUUUGAUAAUAAACACAAUAAACACUGCUAAUUUCAGUUAAUCUGACCGAAAGACCUCUGCUAAUUAUGAAGACUGUGGUUUGGGAAUAACAAUGCUAACUAUACUGCUGGCUGAUAGUGUUUCAUUUGAAUCAUUUUUGGAGGCCUAUAAAGGUACAAUUCUCCAAUGAUUUGAGAAAAGUCUCAAAAAAUAAACAUGAUUUUGUGUAUUACAA